UCUCUGCUCUAUCAGCAGCGCCUGAAUCCUCAACUCGCUCAAUGAACUUUCGACCGAAUCUCACAACAUCAACCAGUAAAACAUGGUGACACAUAUCAGCCAGAAGGAAUGGCUCUUUCUGUGAAAAAAAAGCAUUCCUAUGGUCAUUUACAACAGUCACAUCCGAAGAUGUGCAUCCAAGAUCUCUAUAGCAAAAACAUGGCUGCACCACCGGUCUCCUGGCCCAUUCCCAUGAAGGCUAUCGGAGCUCAGAAUCUGCUCACCAUGCCUGGAGGAGUCAACGCAUCUGGAUAUCUGCACAAGAAAGGAGGCAGCCAGUUCAGCCUGAUGAAAUGGCCUCUCCGCUUCAUCAUCAUCCACAAAGGCUGCGUCUACUAUUUCAAGAGCAGCACAUCUGCCACACCACAAGGAACUUUUUCACUCAAUGGAUACAACAGAGUCUUACGAGCAGCAGAAGAAACAACAUCAAGCAACGUUUUCCCUUUUAAGAUCGUCCACUUCAGUAAGAGGCACAGAACAUGGUAUUUCUCAGCUGCGAGUGAAGACGAGAGAAAGAUAUGGAUGCUGCACUUAAGAAGAGAAAUCAACUAUUAUAAUGAUAAAAAAGAUAUGCCGCUUCCAAGUGAUGAUUUGGAUGCGGAGUCGUUAUAUGGACAGCUGGAGGAAACGGUGGAAAUCAGUCCUGUUGAAGAUGAUCCUAAAGAAGAUUACAUGUUACAAGAUGAAGACAGUGAAGAGGAGGACGGAUCACCGACAUCAGCAGGUCGACCCACGGUCCCGCCUCCACCGUAUCCACCACCGCCGGUUCCGUUUCAGUCGUCAAAAGAAACCCGUUCGAAAGGACCUCCGCCUCCUCUACCACCUCCAUUCAAGAAACCGUCCUACCACAUCAAAGAUACUCCUCCUCCACCUCUACCGUAUGCCCCGCAUCUGGAGAAAACAGACUCAAACAGACGCCCUGUCAGCCCCAUGCCCCCUUUACCUGCUCCUGUCAGCCUCAAACCUCCGCUGGGCCCGUUCUCCACAAUGCCUGCCUGCGAAAAGAAGCCCAGCGUCACUUUUAUUCACUCACCAGCCACUUUACCCAUUGUGGAGAACCUGCAGAAGGUAAUGCUGAACUCUGCAAGUAAAACAAGCAUUUCGGGUCAUCAUUUGGAAGUGAAGCCUUCACCUGGACAAAGGCCGCUUUCACCUCAUUUGUCCAUAAAUCAUAGCAGACUGGGACAGAUAAACAAGCCCCCGGUGCCAAACAAACCCAAACCCGGAAGACCCUCAUUCCAAAGAGCAUCACCGGAUGGACAAAGUUUUCGUUCUUCUAUUGAAGAGAAGCAUGUAAAACGAGUGCCAGAGAGAAUUGAUGAAAGCUCAGACGAAGAGGAUUAUGAAAAUGUACAAUUGCCUCCCUCUGUCUUUGUGAACACGAUGGAAACCUGUAAUGUGGAAAGACUUUUUAGAGAAACAUACAAUCAGCCACAGAAUGGACUGUACUGCAUCCGAAAAUCAUUAACGGGGAAAACGUCACAGGUACUUGUUGUUUGGGACUCUGGUAUAAACAAAGCCAGAAAUUACAGGCUUUUUGAGGAGGAGCAGCGAGUGUAUCUGGAGACGGACGUAACAUUCACCUCUUUAGCUGCUCUGGUUGAACAUUACCACAGUCACCCACUGCCCAGCAGCAACAACUCCAUGCCCAAUUACUCGCUCUGCUUACAUUUACCAUUCGGCUACACUCCGCCCAGGUGACCCCGGCCUCGGUCCCACACUAAAACACCUGCUGCUCCUUCUGGACAAAACAUCUGCAUCCCAUCAGGACACACAAGCACUGUGAAGAAGAUUAUCAUCAUCAUUGCCAGCGGACUGCUCUACAAUCACAGCUUUGCAAAUGUGGGUACACUGUUUGAGGUCUAGAGUUUUCAACAGUACUCAGCUGAUUAAAAGACUGAUUUCCGAAGGAUCAUGUGAUGCUGCAGACUGGAGCGAUUAUGAUGCUGAAAAAUCUGCUUUGACAACUCAGGAAUAAAUUUCAUUUUAAUAUAAUAGAUUCAAGCAGAAUUGCAAUCAUGUUACAUAAUAUUUUUAAUUCUGUAUUUUAAAUGUUUUAAAUAUUUAUAAUUUUGAAGAAAUUCAUCCUUUGUGAGCAUAAAAGAUUUUUUAUAUAUACAGUUGAAUGCAAAAUUUUAGGUUUGCAUGUUCUCCCUGUGUUCGCGUGGGUUUCCUCCAGGUGCUCCGGUUUCCCCCAUAGUCCAAAGACACGAGGUAUAGGUGAAUUGGGUCAACAAAAUUGGCUGCAGUGUAUGAGUGCGUGUGUGAAUGUGAGAGUAUAUAGGUGUUUCCCAGUACUGGGUUGCAGCUGAAAGGGCAUCUGCUGCGUAAAACAUAUGCUGGAAUAGUUGGUGGUUCACUCCACUGUGGUGGCCCCUGAUAAAUAAGGAAGUUAGCUGAAGGAAAAAUAAUUCGUGAAUGAUGACAGUACAUAAUAUUUUUUUAACUUUACUUUGCAAGAUACUCGUGUAACCCACCAGUCCUACUGCACCCAACCCGGUCCGAGGUUUGCACGGGGGUCGGUUGCUCUUACAAGGAGGCUAAAGACCAUGUUCUCUAGCGUCUGUCACUAGAGCACCUUUUGAGGCCAGAGGAGUGAGGUUUACCUGCAUAGCACUUCACUAGCUGGCCUUUGCUACACUCACCCAUGUAAACCUCACUCCCAUCCCGGACGAGCCCCCACAUGCAACCCACCGGUCCUACUGCACCCAAACAGGUCUGAGCUGGGAUCGAGUCAGGGACUCUUUGCAUGGGAGUCAGUUGCUCUAAUAAGGAGGCUAAAGACUAUGGCCUCUAGCGUCUUCGCUAGCUGGCCUCUACUACAUUAGCAUCUCAAAGGGCAAUUUAAAGGCUUAACUAGUUUAGUUAGCUUGGUUAACUAAGCAUGUUAGGUUACUUAUUUCUCAGUGACAGAUCCCAACAGAAGUCAGUGGCAGAAAAUAAUGUGAAAUUUGUUAAUUGUAUUAGAAGCAUAGUUACUCUAAUGGUAUCUAUCAAAUGCAUACUAUUGUGUAAUAAAUACACUGUAAAAGAGAUUUGUUGACUUUUUUUAAAAAAGUGAGUAAAAUUGGCAUUGUUAUAAAAAUUAAGUCAACUUGACAGUUCCAAGUUACAAUGGGUUCACUUGCAUUGUUUUUAAGUGAAGUCAACUUGUUACUUUUUAGGAAAUUGGUUUACUCGUGUGAAGUAACUAAUCACUUUUUACAGUGUAAGAAUCAGUAUCUAAUGAAUAUUACUAGUAUACUGUAAAGAAUGCAGGGUUUCGCAUGAUUCUUUCAUGUUGUCCAAACUCAAAUCGAUUAAAUUAACUAAUAAUUGUUAAUUUUUUUUUACAAUUUUAAAUGGAUUGAACAUAAAGCUAUUAAGUUAUCCCCAAAAAAACUCAAAAAUUGUGAUGUUUUAGCUCAUUCCAAAUAACUAGUUUGAACAAGCAGCAAAAAUUAUUUUUCAGUGUUGAUGAAAAGGAUACUAGCUAAAAUAACUUCUUGUAGAUUGAAAUAGACUUUAAUACAUUUUAUAGAUUAAAUGGCUUGCCAUGGUUGAAUUUCUUUAAAGUGCAUCAAACUUAAUAUACAAAGAUUUGUUCCCACUAUCCUGUGAUUAUUCCAUCUUUAAAGGCGUGUUAACCUGGACUGAGUGAACUUUACAACAUACAUGCAUGUCAUAUUUCAAUCUAAAAUUAAAUGGAAAGGCGGCACCUAAUGGCUCAUUGGAUAGAACUGUCACCUCAGAGCAAGAAGGUUGCUGGUUCGAGUCCCGGCUGGGCCAGUUGGCAUUUCUGUGUGGAGUUUGCAUGUUUUCCCAGUGUUCAUGUGGGUUUCCUUCAGGUGCUCCGGUUUUCCCCAUAGUUCAAAGACAUGCGUUAUAGGUGAAAUUGGAUAAACUAAUAGUGUAUGAGUGAGUGUGAAUAUGAGUGUAUGGGUGUUUCUCAGUACUGGGUUGCGGCUGGAAGGGUGUCUGCUGCGUAAAACAUAUGCUAGAAUAGUUAAUGGUUCAUUCCAUGGUGGCAAACCCCUGAUAAUCAUGGACUAAAACAAAUGAAUGAAUGAACAAAAUGGAAAAACAUUUACACUUAUUCGAGGACCAUUAAGUUACUGAAUUUUAUGGUGUGUCACUGUAAUUUUAUAUCAUUUAAAAUAAGAAAUGCUGUUAAAUUAGUGUAGAGCUGCAUUUAUUCAUAUUAAUGGUAAUAAAAUAGCAAAGACAUUGUUGAAGAAUUAUGAUAGAAAAAAGUAUAUUUUGAUGCAAAAUUAUAAUUUGAAGCUAGUUAUAAUUGUACUGAAAAUAUAUUUUUUUUUAUGCAAAACCUAAUUUCAUGUUAAGAUUCACAGGGAAGUAUGAAAGCUUAUUAAAUGUAGAAACAAUAAAUAUUUAUAGCGAUGUCAGUGGAGUCAUGAUAUCGAAGUCAUGUUUGUUAUCAGGUGCUGCACAUGAUCCAGAAUGACGGCUCUAAAUAACCCACAGAAACCACAGACUCUGAUGACGUCCGACUGUAAAAAUAGCUUUCUACUGUAUAAUGCAAAAUGAAAAAGAAUGAAUGUCAUUGCAGUAUUUCAGUCAUAUGUGUUACAUGUUGUAUAAAUCGUGUAUCAUAUUGUACAUUAUAUAAGCCAUUUAAUAACUGAAUGUAAUGAUGUUUGUACUUUUGACACUGUACACUGUUGUGAGCUGAAGUAUGCACAUUGUAAACAUGAAAAUUAUUUUUAGCACUU